GCUGGCUCCAGGCCGGCACACAGCUUGCCCAUGAGCCUUCGUUUCACAUGUCGAGUCUUGCCGUAUGUAAGAACACAUCAUUUGAUCCAGGUCGUCAUGUCUCGAACACGCUUGCAACAUGUGCCAACCAGGCUCGUAUACCACAUUUCUUUGUCUUCUUUGUGUCCACGACUUGGCGUAUUGCAACUUGUACUUCAAUGCGCUGUCCCGUAUUCGACAAGUACUUAUCAUGCAGACACGAUCUCGGUAUAUAUCGCCAAACCCAAAUCCAUCAAUACUGUGGCGUUCGAUCUGUGCAUAUAACCACCAUCAAGCUCAUAUACAGCAGAAAUGGCAACACCCACACAGACCUUCAAACUCGGUACCUCUUCUGAGCCUAUCCAUGUCUCCAAAGUCGCCCUAGCGAUCAUCAUCACCUUCAGUGUAAUCAGCCUGGUCGCUCUGGCAGUGGCUCUAUGGAUACUAUUCCGUUUCACCUGCUCGAGCCGAGGAAGAAGAGCGGGACACGAGAUCAGAGAUGGUCGAAACGAACACACGCAAUGGUGGAAGCACGCCAACCCACCUGCAGACUCUAGCGACUCUUCCGAAAUGUUCCAUGUGGGCAUCAUAGCUGCUCCCGAGCCGACCACCGAAGACGGAAAGAGAAGAAGUCGGUACUAUGGGGAGAAGAACGCUUAGUAUCCGAGGGCGAAGGUUGCAUGCUGCUGUAGUCAAAAAAUGAGAGACCUUGUGGUACAUGACAUGCUUUUCAGGAGGAUCAAAUCUGUACAUAUCCAUACCAUGUUCUUUGCAAUACAACAAGUCAAGACG